AUGGCUUUGUGUAGAUGGUCGUCGAGUUAUGUACUUGGAGAAGCAACGGACGCGUUCCCGAAAGGUAAAUUUGUAUUAGGCACGAAAGGCUCUGACGUCACCUCGGGUUUUAACGAAUACCAGGCCCCGCUCGGCUACGGCUUUUCAAUUCACACACCAGAUCGAGUUUACGAAUUCAGUGCUGGCACGGAGGACGAACGGGACGAGUGGGUUAAAGAUUUGAAGACAAUAGUAUCAACGUCACUGACGGAAGAAGAUAGAAAAGCAAUUACGUUGAGCGAAGAUUUAGAAAGAAAAAAAUCUCAACAAAGUUCGUUAUCCAGAAUAAGUCAAAAUUUUCAUAACAUAUAAAUUAUAUUAAUCUUUA